GCCGUCCUUUCUCGGAUUCAUAAUUGCAUGCAGCACGUCGCAUGUCCGACGGCGCAGCUCUGGACGUGACCUAGCUACACUGGUCUCGCUACCCAGACCUCCGCCGCGUAUAUAAGGGUCUGCCGCACGCUUAGUCCACAGUCGCUAGUCGCCACAGCCACCUGGAGACCCCACACGGAUCGGUAAAAUGUCGACGAGGGACGUUAGCGGCGCAAUCAGGCCGGCGGUAUUCCCAGCCGCGUCCAUUAUCCACGAUUCUCUGAUGAGCCGUAGGGGCCUAGCAUCAUCCGACCGUGCGCAGCGCGUGAUGGCGAACAGAAAGUGGAGGUACAAAAUGGAAAAUGGGAGACCUCAGCCAGUUGAAGAAACUCGAGAUGUUCAUGGGUAUGUUGUAGAGAUAACUGUUGAAAGCAGAAGCUAAUGGACUGCUCGUAGCUACCUGAAGCAGGGUGUAUGGUAGUGUCUCCAACAAAGACGCGAUUAUAUAGGUUGUGGCACAUAUUAUGGUGGUGGUGGUCUCAUUGGGCAGGCUUCAUAAAUCAGACUACAAUGAUAGCUAUAACCAGGGGGACAAAGAAUGAAGGCGCCUGGCAAGGCACGCGUAGCACGGGGCAGAUUGCCAAGUUGCUCCUCGUGCAAAACGCAAGCUAGCCACUUACAAAUGUGUACACUGACUUACAGAAGGCACUGGAGUAGUUAACCCUCGGCGCGCAUGCGCAGCGAGGGUUUGUCUGUGUGUGUCGACGCUUAUUCUGGCACUACAGGCCACGAGGUGGCUAAUGAGCGAUACCAACGGCUUCAGAACUACGCGAACCUGAAAAAUUAUUAGGCAAUUUUCCUGAAACCACUGCGUUCGAGAGUGACAAACUGGCACGGCCACGGAACUCGUUUAAUGUUCAAUGAAUAAGAACUCAUGAUCCUAACUGUAGCCAUAACCACCCUUUUCCUUGACUGAGCCAGUGAAAAUUGUUUAAAAACUCUAUGAUCUCAACUGUUGUCGUCACAACCACCCCUUUUUCCUUGUGUGGUCCAGUCUGCAGUAGCCACAACAAUCAGUAAAUAUUUUUACACCAAGUAAUGAAUAUCAAUUGCUCUGUUAGAAACCAACCUGGCGCCGAUUCGAACUACCCUUUGCUAUUUUCUGAAAACGCCCCUGCGUCAGACUCAAUAAAAGUGGGUUUCGGUAGUUCGAGAGAAGGACAAGGAGCCGACAUCAUGGCCAAGAAGAAGACCCCGCCCCCCGAUCUCACCAAAAUGAUGGACAGUAGUUCCGAGUCCAUCGAGAAGAAGAUCGCUGAACUGGACCUGGAGCUCAAGAAGUGCAAAGACCAGAUGGCCAAGAUGGGGGACAGCCACCCCAUGAAGGGUGCAGUCAAGCAGCGGGCGCUGAGGAUCCUAAAGCAGAAGAAGACAUGUGAGAACCAACUGGAGGGUCUGCGAAAGCAGUUAUUCAACAUGGAACGGGCCAACUUUGCCACGCAGCAGCUGAAAGACACGAAGACAACCGUUGACGCCAUGAAACUCGGUGUGAAGGAGAUGAAGAGAGAGUACAAGAAGGUGGACAUUGGGAAGAUCGAGGAUCUUCAAGAUGAGGUGGAGGACAUGUUGGAGCUAACUGGUGAGGUACAGGAGACCCUGGGCCGAGCCUACGGUCUCCCUGACGACAUUGACGAAGACGAUCUUGAAGCAGAAUCAGAUGCAAUGGGUGACGAUUACCGACCUCCCGGGAGCCCCAAUUAGGUCCCUACAUUACUACAUACUGUACGUUUCACAGUGAUUAUGAAUGUACAUUGUGAUUGUCAACGCAUGGUUUCAUUUUUCAAGAUUUUUUUAAUUGGUUUUUAACAAAAGUUGUCACCACAAAAGUGUGCCAGUGGGCCAUUAAAAUUUGUCUUAGAAGUGAGGCAUGGAUCGAAGAUUUGCAGCUGCCUUAGUGGCAAGUUUGUUGACAUUUUCCAGGAGGUCUUUCCCGUGCUCCAUCAAUAUUUGUCCAUCGCGUUCAGAAGUGGGCGUUGUCAGAUGCUGUUUCCCUUCCGCCUUCCAUUCCUCUACUGUUAGACUCUGCUUCCUCUUGCUGUGUCAGCACCUGGGCCAUGGAAGGUGGUCUAGCAUUUAUGUGAGUGAGUUCUGUGUCGUUGGGAGAGGGUGAGGUGUGAGGGGAGGAGGAGAGACACAGAAUCAGCCGAAGUGGUGGCCGGAGCGACCUGAAAGUAGGAUCUGGAGUAAGACACUGUUGUAUUGGCGGUUAAACCGCCGCUACUGCUAGUUUUGACACUAAAGUGCAAACCCUCGGCGAACUGCGCGUCUGCGGACAUUCGGACACACCCCUGAAAUAUUUCCCCCCGCAUACAUGUCCGUAGCAACGUCCUAGCAACCGUUUUACAGGCGGAAUGUUUGGCCCUAUUCUGAAAACACGCUCCAUUCGACCUUUUUAGACCCUAGCACAUGGCCCAGUAGUGGACCCCGUCUUUGUCCGGUGAAGUUAGCCCAAGCGGUUUUUGAGUAACACGUGUCCAUUCGGAAGCGGAGUUGUUCGUAUUAGACGCCGGUUUUCUACUGACCCACGUGAAAGUUUUCCUGCGCUUUUGCCUGUACUGCGAGAAGUCUAAUCCCAUCUCUGGAAGGGACAGUUCAAGUCAAGACGGUGCAUUUUUUCUGUGGGACAAGACGUGCUCGGUAAGUUCACUAUGUAGAGUGAGCGAUCAAAGGUCGGCCACCAUCAAUGGUCGGACACUUACUCUGGGAAUAUCAAGGCACUAAGGCAGAUCUUGACUACAUCUAUACAAAGCCUACACAUUGACCUGCUACUCCUACAAAACUUAUCCGCUCGGCUGCUUCCAAGGCGGAGCGCAAGUCCUACAAAGUCAACGUCCCAAGACUCAAAAUAUCGGACAAAAGUAUCACUCGUCGGACGGCUC